AUGCUUGCGCUUGCUGCGCUUUUCACUUUCACUUGUCUUGGCUUCUUUCCUCACUGCUCUCCCCACUCCUCUGCGCCCCCUUCACUUCCACCGUUUCUCCCGCCCCUCCUCCCUUCCUCUCUCUGUCCCGAUCUGCCCCCUUCUGGUCCCAGCAGGUCGCUCACACGGGAGUGGCAGUGGUGGGGGACAUGGAGUGCACAGGCAGCAGCUGCUCUCCACCCAACUCACCCACAGCUAAGUACCCCGCCCUUCCUCUCUUCUCCUAACCCUCGCACUCAGUCCAUUCAUGCACGCAUCAUGCUUGCGCUUGCUGCGCUUUUCACUUUCACUUGUCUUGGCUUCUUUCCUCACUGCUCUCCCCACUCCUCUGCGCUCCCUUCACUUCCCCGUUUUCUUCCCCCCCUCCUCCCUUCCUCUCUCUGUCCCAACCCGCCCCCUCCCGUCCCAGCAGGUCGCUCACACGGGAGUGGCAGUGGUGGGAGGGGACGGGGACAGAACUCCACUCCGCUGGGAUGGGAUGGGAGAGUAUCGGGAUUGAGUCGUCUGAAACAAGCGGCAGGGCAGCAGCGGAGGGGAGGGGAUGGGCAGCAGCAGCAGCAGCAGCAGCAGGGGAAGCAGAGUAGCAGAUCAGGAGUGGCAGUGGCGGCUGACAAGGAGUGCACAGGCAGCAGCUGCUCUCCACCCAACCCACCCACAGCUAAGUACCCCGCCCUUGCUCUCUUCUCCCAACCCUCGCACUCUGUUGCUUUUCAUGCCAUGCUUGCACCAUUCAUCACACUCCCUUUAUCACUGCUCUCUGUCACACCCAUGAGACCUCCCUCCCCCAAGCAGGUCGCUCACACGGGAGUGGCAGUGGCGGGGGACAUGGAGUUAAGCCUCCCUAGUUUCGGUUUACAACCGUUGCUCACCCCUCUCCACUCACUUGUUUUUCUUCUCCUCCAUGCCUCCCUCGUCUCUCCCUGCAGCAUCAGCAGCCAGUCCGCUCCUGCAGCAGAGGCGCAUGCGGGCGGGUUAAGGGGUGUCACUCCUUCCAGAGCAUGUGGGCUGCUUGCUGCUGACACGUGUCCUGCUUGCUGGUUGAGGGGAGGGGCAUGGGGUCAACACCGCCGCUUCCCCAGCCCCUCCCCUGGUGGCCUUGCAGGUACCCACGGGGACGGGAAGGAGGCAGCACUGCAGCAGACUGAUGCGGGUGCUGCCAGGGAGAGUAUCGGGGUGGGCUUGGCACCCUCAAGGUCACUUGGCGUCAAGAGAAGAUUGCAGCUGAGGAAGCAGAGUAGCAGACUGGCAGCAGCAGUAGCAGCAGCAGAAGCGGCAGCGACAGCAGCAGUAGCAGCAGCGGGGGUUGGGGGGCUAGGGGCAGGUUAG